AUGAGGAAAUUAUGUUGUUAUAUUGUGCUACAUUUUUAUGAUUUAUCAACACUAUUUCCGGUUGUAGAAAUAUGCAUGCCACUUAAAUCAUUUAAUGGCCUGAAAGUUGUAUUUUAAUUCAAAUCAAGCAUUUAUAAAGUACUGAACAUCACAGAGUUUUGAAAUAGGGCCUCUGAGAUGUGAAAAGUCGUUAAUAUGUUGCCGGAUUUGGCCGACAGAAUUGCUAUAUAAUGGAGCAAUAAGAAGCCGAUUUUCCAGAGUUCUGUAGAGUAGAUGUGUGUAGUUCUGACUGAUGAGGAUGUGAGGAUGUAAUUAAUGAAGAUGAAGGCUUGAAGUUGAAACUGAUGAAGAUGAAGGUCAAAUAAAAUCGCUAUCAUGGCAUCUGAAGACAUUACCCAAGGUCAAUAUGUCAUUGAAUGUGACAUCUGCAAACAACCAGUCUCGUUCUUCUGCAGACGAUGUGGGGUCAAUCUCUGCGAUCCUUGUGUUCCGGUACAUCUCCGGAUUAAGUCCAAGACCGGACAUGACGUGGUGGAUUUCGCCAGUAGAGAUGAUGACGACACCUCUAAUCAAGAGAAUCAUACGUCAAAGCGUCUGGACAAACCAAAAGUUUCUGGAUUUGCAAAAAUAACACAACAGAGAUUAAAUUCCUUAUCCAAAAUUUACCAACGGAAGAAGGAUGAAGUGACGUCACGAGGGGAAGAGUGGCACAGACUCAUAGAUAAAACCGUGAAGACGCUCCAUCAGGAACUGGACGACAUGCAAAAGAAACACGAAUCACUACUCCGGAAACAGAAGGGGGAAUUGGAAGAAAUUUUAGGAAAAGUUGAUGAAAUAAACGCCACGACAACGGAACUGAAAAAUACACAGAAUGUUAUGGACAUUAAGAAACUUAUUGCAAGAAUUGAAAAUCAGGAAACCCCCUCGGAGAUUACGCAGUACUCGUUCCCGGUAUUUUGCGAAUGCAAAAUUGACGACAACUAUUUGAAAUCGUAUUUCGGAUACAUUGAGAAUAUACAAGAUAGAAAGAUUCCUAUGCCGAAAUUGAAAUCUGAGGAUCCUGUGAUUUCGAAUCACAAAAUAUUAGAGGUGCCGAGAGUUAUCACAGCUAUAGACACAGGGUUUCCUGCAGAUGAAAAUAACAACCGUCUAUACGAUAUUGUUGUUAUUGAUGAUAACAGAAUGUGGAUGGGAGGAGCAAGUAAAACACUCAAGUUGUUUGAUUUCCAGGGAAACCUUCACGACACUGUCUCCAUCACAGCACACGGUGGUUGCUUAACUGUAUACAACAAACACGUGAUUUACACUACGCAGGGCAGCAAUAAUACCGUGUAUAGAGUAGCCGCGGAUAAAACGAUCCAGACGAUGUUUACAACCGGGGAGUGGAGACCAUACGGCAUCACGAGUACCGCGUCAGAUGACCUACUGGUCUGUCUCCAUAAAGAUGACCAGUACAAAGUCGUACGAUACAGCGGUACCGGUACCGUACUCCAGGAAAUCCAGUACGACUCACAGGGCCAGCCUCUGUACCAAGAACCAACCUACAUCACUGAGAAUGUCAACGGGGACAUCAUCGUAACAGACUGGAAGAAAAACGCUGUGAUUGCUGUUGAUAGAUUAGGAAUAUUUCGGUUUUCUUACUCUGGGAGGGACACGACAUUUAAGGUCGGCUACAUCACUACUGAUCCUGCCGGUCACGUUAUCGUUACUGACUUAAAAGGUGACAAGAUCCACAUGUUGGACAGGGACGGGCGAUUCCUGAGAUACGACAUUCCUGAUCAAGGGAUUAAUAGACCACGCGGUGUGUGUAUCGUCGGGGAAGGGGAGAUGUUUGUGGGGGAGCAGAAUACCGGUAUAGCUAAAAGAAUAAAAUAUUUGGAGCAAUAAACAGAAUGAAUUGUAUGUUGUUUCGCAUAAAAUAUUUUGUUAUGCAAUAAAUUGUUUAAAUCAU